UGUUUUACUCAAACCUCCGUUAUUAAUCUGAUGUGGCAUUCUGUUACAGGUUGCUUAAGUUAAUAAAAGGAAAAUAAAAAAAGGAGGCAAAAGAAAAAUAAACUGAGAGCUGACGGAUAUAAAUUGAUCGUUUCUUCGCUUCUCUCUGUUGCCAACAGAAACUUCCCGCUCUUCUUCUUUUUCCCCCAAUUCUCGAGUUUCUAGGGUUCUUACUUUCUCGCUUUCAAUGGAGGAAUCGACGGCGGAGUCUACGGCAGCAACCGCCGAUGCUCUGAGGAUGGAGUUAAAGAAGACGAUUGCGGAGAUUCUCGACGACGGAGGAGUAAGCGAAGAUCGCGGUGAGACUGACGGAAGCUCCCGAGUCUUGAAAGCAAUUGACGAGGCGGUUCGAAUGCUGAAUCUUCUGAGGGAAGUUGAAUCGAAGUUGCCGGACUCUGAUACUUCUUCGUCUUCUCCGACUUCUCUGCCCGAAGUGCCGAAAGAGUUCAAGUGUAUGCUCUCGCACGCGAUCAUGAGCGAACCUGUAGUCAUCGCUUCUGGCCAGACCUAUGAAAGGAGAUACAUCCAACAGUGGCUGAUGUGUAAAGUGACAUGUCCCAAGACCAGAGAAGUCCUCUCUCACCGUUUGUGGUCACCCAACUAUUUGGUCGCUGAGUUGAUUGCGCAAUGGUGUCAAGCCAACAAGUACGAUCGGCCAGAACCAUCUGAUAAACCCAUUGGACUGUUCAAUGAUGACAUAGACCUAUUGCUUCAGAGGAUCUCUUCUCCCUCCUCAGUUGAAGAUCAGACAAAAGCUGCAAAUGAGCUGCGCCGCCAGACCAAGAGAUUUGACAAUGUCCCGGCCUCGUUUGUCGCUGAGAUCCCUGAAUCCAUCACACGGUUGCUCACUCCGCUCUCUGCUUUGGGCGAGGACAUUGACUCGAACCCGGGAUUUCAGAAGGACAUCAUCACCGCAUUGCUUUACAUCUCGGGUCUUGAGGAGAACAAAACAGCAGUUGCUCAGCACCCUCUUGUGAUCCCACUGCUUACAAAGUCUUUGAAGCAGGGGACAGCUAAGACACGAAGAAACUCUGCAGAGGCGUUAUGGCUACUUUCAAAGCUUGAUUCUAACAAGACCAUCAUCGGGAACUCAGAUACGCUCAAGGCUUUAGUACAUGUCAUCAAAGAGGAUCAUUUCACUGCCGCCAUAAGCGCCUCCUAUGCUGUUUUCCACCUCUGUUGCCUACCGGAGAACAGGGAGAAAGUGGUUUCAGAAGGUUUGAUUCCAGCGCUGAUCAACAGGAUUAAAGAACGAAGCUACGUGUAUGUCUACUUUGCUCUCUUGGCGCUUAUGACUGCACAAAACGGGGUGAUUGAAGAAAUAGAGGAUCUAGGGUUUGUGGAUGGUAUGUUCAGUAUCUUGAGGAAUACGAGUUGCUCAGUGACUGGCGAGAACGGUACAUUGAUCUUCCGUCGCAUGUGCGGUCUGAACACGGGUGACAGAGACAGAGAGAGGACUAGGCUGAAGCUGAUCAAAGAAGAGGAGGAUAAAUACUCGACAUUUUCGAAGCUUGCAAAGCAAGGAUCACAACGUGCAAUGAUGGAAGCAGAAGCGAUUUUGCAGUGGAUCAAGAGGUCCGGUACAGGUGAAGAGCCAUAAAGGGGAUGAAGGGAACCACCACACUCAGGUCUUGUUGAUAAAUAAAACGAUUUGGUGAUGCAUGUAAAAAUUUUAGAAAGAAGCAAAAGUUGUAUAGUUUUCUGAGAACGUUUAGUUACUAAAGAGGGCCUGACUGUUGCUACUCUUAAUUGACGUUUCCGAUUCAUAAUC